AUGUUCUCCUUCUCCGCCCUCGCUGUCUUCUCCACCAUCGCCUUCGGCGCGCUCUCCUCCGCGCUUCCCGUCGACCUCCCGGCUGCUCUUCCGGUCAACGCGCUUGGCGCGCUCCCCAUUCCCGCCCUCGGCCGCCGUAUCGACGUCCCUGUCGUCGGUGACCUGGGCCUCCCCAUCCGCCGCCAUGACGUCGCUGGUGUCGCUGUGGUCCUCACCCAGGCGACGGCUAAGCUCGGUCCCGCCACGGAUCUCCUCAAGUUCGUGACUGCGGAGAACUGCACGGUGCAGGCCCUCACUGCCCCCGUCCACGACAUCCAGACCAUCCUCCUCGGCACCGUCGCCGAGCUCAAGGAACUCGUCGGCCAGCCGGUUGACAUCAUCCUCGCGUCUGUGGAGGGCACGGCUCAGAUCACUGUCGAAGAGCUCGCGCACAUCAUCUGCGGCCUGCUGACGAUCGUCUUCACUGGUGUCCGCGCCGUCCUGAUUGUCGCCGGCGCCGCGAUCGACGCCACGGUCUUCAACCUGCUCGUGCUCGUCGGCGGUGUCGUCGGCGAACUCCUCGCGGUGCUCCUGCCCCUUGUCGGUAGCAUCGUCGGCGAGCUCCUCUACAUCCUCGUCCCCCUCCUCAAGACGCUGGUCCCCAUCAUCCUGCACCUCAACCUCGCGCAGGUCAUCUCCCUCCUCCACCUCCAGUGA